AUGUUUAAUGAAAAUCCAAAGAAAGAUUUUAUUAAUCCGGAGAAAACAAAUAAAUUUUAUCCUAAACAAAUUGAGUAUGGAAAUAUUUAUUUUAAAAAAACUCCAAUUAUUUUCACUAUGAAACAUGAAGAAAUUAAUCAUAAGUCCUCAAGUAAUUUAAAUAAUAUUUUCUUUAAUUUUAUUUUAUAUUUUAUUGGUGGAGGUUGUAUUAUUUAUGUUUUGUUGAAAUUUAUAAAAGUUAGACUAUCAAAUAAUAGUUUCCAAGAUUUCAAGAGUGUAGAAGAUAGUGAAAGUAUCAGUGAUGAUAGUUAUUAA